UUGGGUGAUUUUGUCAAAAAUAAAGAAUAAAACAAACAAAUGAAAGGCUGCAUUUGUGUUAAAUAACUUAGUGACCGUCUGUGAUUAAUGUCAAAGUUGAAAUGCUUUUAUUUUAAAAACGAAUGGCAGGUAAAGUGCCCAACACGUCAAAGGCUUUACAUAAAUGAGGAUUAUUCCAUUUGAAGACAGACACGGAUGGAUGAAGGCACGAAGGGCAAACACACCGAGGAUAACAGUGAGUAAAUCUUCAUUUCCAUUUGCGUCAUAGUCAUGUCAUUGCGUUUACUUCUGUCACUCUGAGAGGAUCUGGCUGUGCCGAGAUAACAGACAACAACCUGCUAAAACCAACAGCAAUUUCUAACAUUUGUCUCUUCAUUGCUGUCAUUGUGACCUCUGAACCAGGGCCAACACACCUUCUCAUUUCAACAAAAUAAGUCCCAAAAUAAAAUAUUGUGUACCACUAUUAAAUAUCUACACUGGCUGGCGUUUGGGAUAAUUACAUUUUUGAAUGUUUUUGAAAGAAGUCUCUAAUUUUCACCGAGGCUGCAUUUAUUUGAUCAAAAAUACAAUAAAAACAGUAAUAUUGUAAAAUAUUAUUACAAUUUAUAAUAACUUUUUUUCCAUUUGAAUAUGUUUAAAAUGAAAUGUAUUCCUGUGAUGGCAAAGCUGAAUUUUCAGCAGCCAUUAAUAUCAAUUAUUUCAUUUAAUUUCAGAGUUAAAAUUACUGUUUUUACCAUAUUUUUGAUCAAAUAAAUGCAGACUUGGUGAGUAUAAUAGACUUCUUUAUAUUUUCAGUAAACUAAAACCAUAAAAAAAUAUGGUAAUGUUGCUUGAAAUAUAAUAUAUAAUAAAAUAUAUAUAUUUUUUAAAACUUUUAGUUUUUUGCAACAUUUUUCAUUUUCAUUGAGGUUAACUUGAUGUACUGAAAUAACACCUAAAAUGUGUGUGUGUGUGUGUGUGUGCAUAUAAAUACAAUAACUGAUAAAAAUGACAAAAAAAAAACUAUAUAGAUACUAACAUUACACUUCAAGACACACACACACACACGUAUCAAUGGAUUAAUUCAUUUAUAAAAGUGAAAAUGCAUGGGCAAAGAUUGCUAUUAUGCCUAGCUAAAAUUGCAAAAGGUGUGCUUCUUUUGCUAACUAACUAAUUGAAUGAAUGAAUAAACACAGUGUCACCUAUUCAAAGGUGGCCUUGAUGAUGCAUGUGUGUGAUUAAUUAAUACGAGGCAGACAGUUUAUUUAACUUUAGUCAUGGUGUUUGGCUUGAAAGGCUGUCUGUUCACUCUUAUCUGUGCAGGGUGAGCAUACAAACCCCUGUGUAAAUCUCGGUGUGAAUUUGUAGUUGCUUUGAAUGCACUUUCUCAGCAGUCCAUCUCAACUGCAUCUCAGCAGCAGCCGCGAAUUCAUACAACAAGGGAAUAUUCGACAUCGGUCAGAAAUGAAGUUACUGAGCAUUUAUUUCUUCGGGAUUUUUGCGUGGUCGUUGCUUGUGUCCUCCGAUGACAUUUCAACCUCAGCAGAUGUGCCAAAGAUAAGAAAUGCAAUUAAGAUGCGCAACUGGAAUGAACUACUCCAGAUCAAAGAUCUGACCCGCAGCGUUCAGACGCACAGGAAGGCGCCUCGGUUCAUGACGGAGUUGUACGAUGCUGUCGUGGACUCGAACGGAACGCUGAAAAACACCAAAGUGCUGGAAGGAAAUAUUGUCAGAAGUUUCGAAGGACAGUCCAGCGGCUCGUAUCACUUCUUCAAUCUGACAUCAUUCAGACCGGACGAGCGCGUCAUCAGAGCAGAAUUCCGAUGGUUUCGUCAUCAACAGCCUUUUAUGGGACGUCAUCAUUUGUACAAAGUUGACCUGUAUGAAGUGCUGGACAGCAGACCUAAACCGUGGCGAGGAAACUUGAUAAGCUCACGGUUAUUACCCGUCUACACCAAAGGAUGGGAGGUCUUCAACAUCACACAAAUGGUGACCAAAUGGAUUCUUAACAGCGGUACAAAUAAUGGUAUCCUGGUCGUGACUGCUUUACCUUCAGGUAACUGGUUUGAGUCCAGCAUUCAGAUGAAGGAGCAGUCAGACGAAACAAAUGCAUAUUUGGUUAUAUAUUCAGAUGAUGGACGAAAGCACUACCAACACCCACCUUUCUACACAGGACAAAAUAUCACCACAUCCCUUAAACUCCUCAAGCCUGUAGCAAGUUUAGUGAAGUCAACAAUGCGCAACCGCAGGAGUGUGCGUGCAUUAACCUCUACUUGCCAGAGAACAAACCUCUACGUAGACUUCACUAAAAUCGGCUGGUCAGGGUGGAUAAUAUCUCCCAGAGGUUAUAACGCGUACAGUUGCACAGGCUCCUGUCCGUUUCCGCUGGGCGAAGGUCUACGGGCUACGAAUCACGCUACUGUGAGAUCCAUCAUGAACGCACUGAAACUAUCACAGGAGGCGGGGAAGCCCUGCUGUGUGCCAGAUGCGCUUCACCCCAUAAGUCUCCUGUACUUCGACGAUGAGGAAAAUGUUGUUCUGAAACAGUACGACGACAUGGUUGCUGGCAGUUGUGGCUGCCAUUAAAAUACAGAAUGACGAGAUGUAAAUGUAUCUGUUGAUGUGUAAUGUCAUUUAUUUAAAAGGAUCACAUGUGCCACACUUCAAAUGUAAAUUUAGGUAGUAUUAACAUUAGUUGAUAUUUGUAUGGGUAUUUGUAUGUCUAAACCAAAUUAAAGAUGUUUCAUGCAACCAAAUAUGAUAAUAUCUUUAAUAAGUAUAAAACAGACUAUCAUGAGUGGAAGAUGUCUUUUCAGGCUUGGAAACUUCAUAUUGAAGCUCCACCCUUAGAGUUCAGCUACCACAAAUCUACAAAACAUUACUUUUUUUUUUUUUUUUAAUCAUGCCAAUUUGACAAUUCAACAUUUUGUUAUGUUAAAGGUAAGUCAUCCUGAGAAAGUCGUGCAUAUUGUCUGACCCUGAUGAGUCAUUCUGAGUUCCUUUAGCAUUUGAAAAUGUUACUACAUAAACAUUAUCCAAAAAUGUAUGUCAUGACAAAUACUACAUAAUGUUGCAACCCAACUUUACAAUUGUUUUAGCAGGUCAUGAGACUCUUGCAGAACUCCUAUUCACCACUUGAUGGAGGCAGAAUGGCAUUGUAACGUCUAAUUGGGACGUAGUCUAGUGCAUUUUGCAGACAAAGAUGGCUAAAGCUGAUGGAAAUCACCAAAGUAUUAGGUUAAAACAAUGAGCGAAAGUGAGGAAGAGCUGAUUUUCCAAGGUUCUCCAGAUUUGUGGUAUGGAGCAUUUUGCUUGAGGCACUUAAUUACAAGAUGUUAUGUGCAGAACUAUAUUUUUUCUGCUUUGUUAACAGGUUGGUGCCAUAGAGUGUCAGUCAGAUAAUCUCUUUC